UGGGGCUUAUCGCUGUGCUGAUACUGUGUUGCUUUGUGAGGUUUGUGAGCUAAAGUUGUUGUUGUAAAAUGUCCUUUGACAGAGUUCUGCUUUAACUGAACACACAGUUCACACACCAUAGGGAACUGUGUCUGACUUCAGUCAUAACAACACUCAUGCGGGUUAGGGUUAGGGCUCAGGCUGCCUCCCUCUGAGCCUGCGCACUCAAAGUCCCACAAUGCACCGCGGGGGCAGUCAGCUGACUGCUGACGUCAUCCCCUGCCCCAGAUGCUUUCAGACAUCCUGCUUUUCACGCCCUGAGGCUGCACAAACCGGAGCCCCACGCAGCCCUCAGCACGGAGUCGCGCGAGGAGGAACAACAGGAUCCCGCACAGUCCCGCAGAACCCCACAGAACCCCACAGAACCCGGCAGAACCCCGCAGAACCCCACAGAACCCCACAGAACCCCGCAGAACCCCACAGAACCCCGAAGAAACCCGCAUCGGCUAACCAUGAACUUCUUCCUGGAGACGGUGCGCGCCAUGCUGCUGUCCCUCUGGUUCAACCUGGAGUCGCUGGUGUUCCUGGUGGUUCCCCGGAAGAGGAAGAACAUCUCUGGGGAGGUGGUUCUGAUCACGGGGGCGGGCAGCGGCAUCGGCCGGCUCAUGGCGCAGCAGUUCGCCGCCCUGGACACGGUGCUGGUGCUGUGGGACAUUAACCAGGAGGGCCUGAAGGAGAGCGCCCGAUUGGCCGGGGCCGCCGGGGCCAAACGGGUGCACCACUUCCUGUGUGACUGCAGCGAUAGGAACGAGGUCUACCGGGUGGCCGACCAGGUGAAACGGGAGGUGGGGGACGUCAGCAUCCUGGUGAACAACGCCGGCAUCGUCACGGGGAAGAAGUUCAUCGAUGCUCCAGACUCUCUGAUCGAGAAAACCAUGGAGGUCAACAUCAUGGCUCACUUCUGGACCUACAAGGCUUUCCUCCCGGCCAUGAUCGCCAACAACCACGGCCACCUGGUCAGCAUCGCCAGCUCCGCCGGCCUCAUCGGGGUCAACGGACUGGCCGACUACUGCGCCAGUAAGUUUGCAGCCGUGGGCUUUGCAGAGUCGGUGGGUCUGGAGCUGGUGGCUACGGGAAAAAACGGAGUGAAGACCACCAUCGUGUGCCCCUACUUCAUCAACACCGGCAUGUUCGACGGGUGCCAGACCAAGUGUCCGAGCAUCCUGCCCAUUCUUAACGCUGAAUACGUGGCCAAGAAGAUCCUCCACGCGGUCCUCACAGACCAGGUCUACCUGAUGCUGCCCAAGAGCAUUUACCUCAUAGCAGCUCUGAAGAACAUCCUGCCCAUGAAGCAGGGCAUCCUGCUGGGCCAGUACCUGGGAGCCUUCAACGUCAUGGACGACUUCAGGGGGCGCUCAAAAAAGCAGGAGUGAGACAAACCUGCAGCCGGAAAACCAUCAGAAGCUCCCAAACGGAGCACAGGCUCCACCCUUUAUACGACCAGUAUAUGACCACUAUGAGGGAAAAUAGUUUAUAUCUGGGGAUAAAUGAGCUCAGUCAUAAGAAGCAGACGGACAGAAUAUGCCUUUUUAAACUUUCCAGUACUGCCUUAAUAAUGCUUCCAUAAAUUCCAACAACCUUCCUCAAUUUUAUGAUUACAUUUCCUCCUUAAGAUUACCUCAUUAUUUUUCUUUAUUAUGAUGAGUUAUUCAAGCUGUAUUCCAUCACUGUAACUCUUUUAGAAAUAUUGCAUGUAAACGAUCCUCCUUAUUCCCUCAAACCUUCCUCACACAUUACAUCUUCUAAACUAACUGCAUGAGAGUGGAGAGCCUCCACAGAUGGAUAAUCCUAGUUUAUCUGUGGGGAUCCACUCUGUUAUUACUGCAUUCAACUAUUCAAGCAUGGACUCAAGUGUCAGUUAUCAUCUUAAAUAUACCAUUUCUAAAUUCAAACUCAAUUAUACCCAUAAAAAAAUCAGUUCAUCAACUCUUUGUAAGCAGACAUUUCUGGUUCCAGGUUUGUUUGCAGCUUGAUGCAAAAGCAGCACACAAUAAGCUAAAUAAUAACUUUCUGAGACUGAACAGGUCUGGAGAAUUUCUCCUGUGAGAGGAUGGAGGAGGCGAUUAAAAAAAAUAUAUAUAUAUGAAUUUUGUUAGAUGUUAACUUCAGAGCACUUAUUCCUCUGGGUAACAUGAAGACUCUGGGAUGUAGGAGUAGUGAAAUGUCUCAGACUCUGCCAGGGGGCCAACGGUCGCACAUUUCAAACACAGCCCAACCUGUUUGGGACCAUGAGGAUCCACAGAAAGUGUAAUAAAUAUAAUGAAGACAAAUCAUUCUUUCCUUUGUUUGCCAAUGUUAUAAUAAAAAUGACAAACAUUUAUAAGCUAUAAAUUUGGCUCAUCUCAUCUCAUUAUUUGUUUUUCCUUUUUCAUCACCAUAAACAUCCCUCACAUUCCCUUUAUUUUACACCUUAGUGUGAAUGUUUAUUUUUGAAGGCAGUAGUAUACUAACGAAUCAAAACGCAAACAGAACUGUGGCUGGAUUUGAUCUUCUGUUCAAACUUUCAUGUUUGUACUGGUUGUUUGUCUCUGUGGUCAUAGUGUGACUCACACUGUGGUCUGAGGAGCUCUGUAGAGAUGAGUGUGCAGAGUUUAUUGUUGCUGAAGUUGCAGAGCCAGGAGAGCACAGCCCGGCCGUAAACAUGAUCUGAAACUCCAUGGUCUGAGGGACAAAUCAAACACUGGACAAACCAACUCAGGUCAGGAUUGUGGAGCCUUUCCGAACCUCAUCAUUGGAUGAGAGGCAGGACACAGACUGGACCUUCACCAGUCCAUUUAAAGGGUUUAGUUCUGUCAUUUUUAUUUAGGCCCACUGGCACGCAUCGUGUUUUGUAAGGGAAAUGUUGGUGCAGUUAAUUUUUCUAUUCUAUUCUCUUUUUAUUUUGUUUUUGUUCAUGAAAAAAA